GUUCGUCUUGGCUAGACGUGUUUUGGAGUGUGUCGUUGUUGCAUUGGUGGUGUGGUGUAGCACACAUCACACGUCACGUUGACAUACGGGUCCUAUCCUACUACAAUACAUCAGAGCCACAGAGAGUAUCGGUUACUGCAACAACUCUUGGGAAUACUAUUUGUUACAGCGCACUCCGCAUAAUUCGCGCGUUCGCGUUGCGUUGCGAUUUUGUGUCGAGCGCGCGGUAUUACGUUGGUUUAUUGGUUUUCCGAGAAAAAAGUGUGUGAAUCAUUGUUUGACAGUGCGGUUAAAAGCAAAUUGGAGAGCUGGUUGUGAUCGCGGCCGGUGUUUUUUUUUGCUUGGUUGUUGCAAAUCGUGAAGCAGCAGCCGAUAGUAGAUAGAAGAGAGCUAUCCGCCAUCCGUUGUUAGAGAUGAAAAAGUGAUAAUUAGUUGAAAAUUUUACUGUUCCAAUUGGUGGUGCCGUGCCGCAGAGAGUGAUCGGUCAAAACCGGUAUCUCGUAGUGGAGUGAGUGCGAAUCCUGACACACGAGACACGAGUUUGGCCGCAUUUCGGUCAAGGAGAAGUCAAUAAAAUAGCAACAACAAAAAAUACAAAAAAACGCGAGCGAAUAAGUUUGCGGCAGUUUGUGCAGAAGAAAGUGCAAAAUAAGCCCCUAUCGGGAAGCUUUUUGAAAGUUGUGUGCCGAUUUCGUCGUCGUCAGUGGUGAAAUUCAUAUAUAUUUAGUAGUUGUCAAAGGGAAAAAAAAUUAAAAAACAACAAGCGGUGUGUCUAAAAUUUUGCGCAAAGAUCUGUUCCUGUCCUACCAUCAUCACCUGAUUGGCACCGAAACCUGCUGCCGCUACUUGUGUUUGUAAACAACAUGCUGAACUGCUGAACCGAAAGGUGUGCGCUCAUCUCCGCCGUUGAGAUUCAACGGCCGCCGGCCCCGAAAAGCCACGCGCCACGCUCCAUGUUGCGUCAAGAAAUGCACGUUUUAAAACUCGAAAUGGCGCGCGACUCAACAAUGGGACGCGACCGGGUGCUGGUGAUGCCAAGUACCGGUAUCGCACUGGACACACCUUCCACAUCACAAACAACGGCUGGACCGACAGACAUCAAUCAGCAGAUACUGGAGUUGCGCAAGGAGCAGGAGAUGCAAAAGCAGAAGCUGUGGCAUGCCUUCCAGGAGAAGAACAAAGAGCUGGAGAUGCAGCAUCGGCAGCAACUGGAGCACAAAUUUCAGCUUGCGGCCUAUCACACUACUGGCUACGUCUUCCAGGAAUUGCGUGAUCAGCGGCUGGCAGAGGAGGCAGCCCAGCAGCGGGAACGCCGCGAACGGGAAGCGAUGAAGCGUAAAGAGAAGCAGGACUUCAGCGCUAACGCCAGCUCCGAGGUCAAACAGAAAUUACAGACCUUCCUGAUCCAGAAGAAGCAGGCAGCUGCCUCCAACGGAAUGAACUCCCCCUCGUCGUAUAGAAAUUGGGGCGUAGUGAAAUCCUCAUCGGGUGAAUCCAUCCCGGCCGGAGCCGUCUCGGCUAGUUCACAUCCGUACAAAAUUCCGCCACCUCCACCGUCAUCGAUUGCCAAAUAUGAUUCGGAUUUCCCGCUGCGGAAAGCAGCCUCCGAGUCCAACCUGUUGAAGAUUCGCCUCAAGCAGCGGGUGAUCGAGAAACGCGCCAUGACCGGACCGCUGGCAGCCCGCCGUCAGGAACGUCUCCAGCAGGCCGCCCAGCGGCGACUCCAAAAGCAAACAAUGGCCCAACAGCAGUCAAGCCCACAUUCCCAGCAGAUUUCGCAAAUGGCUGCCCAUCCUGCAAAUUGCAUCAUAGGCACUCCGGACUCGGGUCCCAACUCGCCCCCGGCAAUUGGCAGUCGCGGAUCACCCUCGAAUGCUCCCAUCCAGGAGGAGAACGAAGAUCCUCAGUAUGGACCUGGUCGGUCCAGCAUCAACGAUCUGUCCCUGUUCAGUUCGCCCUCGAUGCCGAACAUCUCGCUCGGUAGGCCACAUCUGGCCGAUGCACACUCCGUCAGCCAUAUUGCUAUGGUACCGCUGAGACCUCCUCAUCCUCAGCCACCGCCACCUCCUCUAUCUCAUCAUCCUCCUCCACCGCCAUUCGUGAGUCAUCAUCCCUCCAUGUUGGAGCAGCUAACGGAGCAGCAGUUGCAGGCGGCUGCUGUGGCGGCGGCAGCAGCGGCCGCCGGUGGCCUCUCGAUAAACCCGACCCAUCCGGGUGGAAUCCACUCGGGCGUUCCCAUAGUCUACGGACAGCCCAUAACGGACGCGCAAGUCGCACAGGCUAGGCUGCACAAACAAGGGCAUCGCCCGCUCGGGAGAACACAAUCCGCACCUCUUCCCCUGGGCCAUCCGAUGCUGACCGGGGCUGCCAGUGGUGUUGUCAACAUAGGCCAGACGCACUACGAAAAUAGUGAUGCCGAGCGUCAGGCGUACGAGCAGCACAUGCUGAUGAAGCAGAAGAUACGCCAGACGGCGCUGAACCGUGCCAACUGCGUGCGGGAACCGGAGCUCAAGGAGGAAGUCGAGUCCGGGGAGGUGAUCGACCUGACGGACAAGAAGCAGCCCCCCAAAACGACGGUCAUAACAUCGAACAGUGUAAUCAAAAGCACAUCCCACACAACGCUGCUGCGCGAUCCUGCGGAAAGUCUCCAGCAGCAGCAACACGUUGAAUAUCUGCAGGCCCAACAGCGCGAGCUUGCCCUUAUGCAGCAUUCGAUGCAGCUCGGAAUGCUAGAGGAUCCGUACAACCGCUCCCUGUUACGACCUCUCGCGCGCACCUCCUCUAGUCCACUGGUUCACCUUGGAACCCCAGCGAGCAGUAACCAUCCAGUUGCGCUGUCGGACACCGGCCAGGACGAUAUCCCUCCGCCGGUGAACCUCACAGUUCAGAAUCGUAGCCGAUCGAUGCUGAGCUAUACCACUGAAGAACUCACGAGUCAAGGACCCCUGCAACUUACCACAUCUUCCUCCGCUUCCGCAAUACCUCUCCGGUUGAUUCAACAGAGUGAGAAAAUAACAACCGGGCUAGCAUUUGACAGUCUAAUGCUGAAGCACUCCUGUGGCUGUGGGGAUAAUGCCACCCAUCCGGAGCACAGCGGUCGUCUGCAGAGCGUGUGGGCCCGUUUGGUGGAAACUGGUCUGGCCUCCCGCUGUGACAAACUACGCUCUCGGAAGGCAACACAGGAAGAGCUGCAAACCGUCCACACCGAAGCCCAUUCCCUCGUAUUUGGUACGAAUCAAAUCAACCGGCAGAAGGUGGACACCAGCAGGGUGAGCUUUGUCCGGCUAGCGUGUGGUGGCGUUGGUGUCGAUCUGGAUACUACCUGGAACGAACACCACACGGCGGCUGCCGCCCGAAUGGCCGCCGGUUGUGUGAUCGAUUUGGCUUACAAAACAGCCAAAGGGGAAGUUCGGAAUGGGUUCGCUGUGGUGCGUCCUCCUGGCCACCAUGCGGAACCAAACGCCGCCAUGGGAUUCUGUUUCUUCAACUCGAUAGCCAUAGCGGCGAAAAUGCUGCAUCAGCGCCUCCCGUCGGAAGUUCGGCGAAUUCUCAUCGUCGAUUGGGAUGUGCACCACGGCAACGGAACACAGCAGGUAUUCUACGACGAUCCGAACGUGCUGUAUCUUUCGAUACAUCGACACGACGAUGGAAAUUUCUUCCCCGGCACCGGGGGUCCUACGGAGUGUGGCACCGGUGCGGGACUUGGCUUUAACGUUAACAUCGCCUGGUCCGGAGGGCUGGAUCCACCACUCGGCGAUGCCGAGUAUCUGGCUGCCUUCCGGACGGUGGUAAUGCCAAUCGCACGAGAUUUUCAGCCGGAUAUUAUACUGGUGUCGGCUGGAUUCGAUGCCGCGUUUGGUCAUCCGGCUCCCCUCGGUGGUUAUCUAGUCUCGCCUGCAUGCUUUGGUUAUCUGACACGGGAGCUGAUGAAGCUGGCCGGAGGAAAGGUGGUACUGGCCCUGGAAGGUGGCUACAAUCUGCCUGCAAUCUGCGAUUCCGCCCAGGAGUGCAUCCGGGCCCUACUGGGAGAUGAACUGUCGCCCAUUGCGACGACGGAACUUUCCCGGCCGCCGUGUCAUUCGGCGAUAGAAACGCUGCAGAAAACCAUCGCCAUUCAGAUGACGCACUGGCCCUGUGUGAAGCGGCUGGCCCACACGGUAAGCUUCUCGGCGAUGCAAGCGGUCAGCGGUGCGGGUGGAGCCGAUCGGGAAGAAUCGGACACGGUCACGGCGAUGGCAGGACUAUCGAUGCAACCACCCUCUCGAACCUCGGACAUCUCCCGGGAGGACUCUGAAGAACCGAUGGAUCAGGACGAGGCCAAGUAAAGCUAUAGCUGCACACGUGCAGCGUGGUUGAGGAAACAUGUCGGUUUGUCAAUGGUGCCAACAGUCGCUUGCCGGCGGCACAAGAGCAUCAGAUCUUCUGACGCAGACAGAAGUACCGGGAUAACGUAACGAGGGAGCGGGAGUAGAGCACAUACUUUUUCGUGUUUUUAUUGUCCGGGGGUUUGAUCGUCCCCGGAUUCACUUUGGAACUUGGCGAACGAAAGCACAUAUCGGGCGCGCACAAUCUUGCACGGCAAUGCAGCGCGAGCGCGCAGGGAUGUGGACACGAAGGCGUCGCCCGAGCGAAUGAUUUUUUGGCAGCACCAGGCACAGGAAACGCCGACUGGGAGGACGGACGGAAGGAGCAUUGGAUUUAGCGCAAGUAAAACAAACAGUAAAAAAAUGUUACCUCGAUGUGAAACAAGAACAAAACAAAACUUUAUUUAGUAGAUGUUGGUGGUUGCAAGCCAUUUGAACGCCCUGAUGGGUGUUAUUUUGUGAAGAGCUUGCGAGCGGAGCUUAGGAAGAUAAAAUUAACAUAUAGAGAACUCAGAUGCGUGUUAUUUUUGAAACUCUAGGCGAGAGCAGCGCGCGGAAUAUUUUCGGGUCAAUUUUAGUAGGAUAUCAAAACGAAGAUCGGUUUGUGGAUUAGGAGGAAAUCAGCAAUUGAAAUCAGGGAAAUUUUUGUGGUCAAUUCCGGAAAGGUUUCGCAAACGUGUUCGCAUUUUCCGGAAGACAAAACCGUCGUACAAUUUUUUGGUAGCCGAGAAGGAAGAGAUCCAGGUGUCUAUGAGUGUGUGUUUUCUGCUUCCACGAGAUUUUUGAAAGUCGGCGAUGGUUUGAAGGUGGCCGAAAGUGAUCUCAGGCGAAGAAAAAAGAAAAUCGUUUCGCGAUAUUAUCAACUAUUCAGAGUUCAGAGUGAAAAUGGUUUCUUCUUCUAUUAAUCGCGAUUAUUGUGACAAUUAGUCCAUAUUUUGAUUUUACAUUUUUCGAUACAAAACUACUCGUUUAUAAUUGCAGAUAUUCGAUUAUUUCAAUUAAUCGAACGAUUAACCGACGGCUCUAGUUGCAUCUGCUACGAGAUCUUUCAUCUGUUUUCAUCCAGAGUUUUUGUGUUUUACCACUAUAUUCCAAGUUUUUUUUUGACGUGGGACUACGUCUAACCGGAAUAUAUGGGGGGUAAAAUGAAAACCUAAACAUAGAACAUGCAGGAAAAAAUGAAAGAUUUCUAAUGCUUAUAACUCGGACAUUUCUUGCUGGAUCAGAAAGAUGAUUGUAUCAAUUUAUAGGGAAAAUUUCUACGCAUCUAUCGUAGCUAAUAAAAUGUUAUUUUUCAUUAGAUAAACAAUUGAAUAACUGUAAAAUGUUAAGCUUUAUUUAAACGCCCUAACUGCCUCGUUUUGAUUGGCCCGAUUUACGGUUUCCCCAACACAGCCAUCAUAACCAAGCAACCUUGGGUAAAUCAGCAUUGCAAAUACAUGAAAGUAGAGGAAUUUUUGUUCUCACCAAAAUGUGUUCCCUAACACAGACUUCAAAACUAAGCAGUGUUGGAGAAAUCGGCCUUGCAAAUACAUGAAAGUAGGGGGAGCUUUUGUUUCUACCGAAAUGUGUUCCCUAAAAGUGAUUUCAAAACCAAGGUGCCUGGAGGAAAUCGGCAUUGCAUUCAUGCAAGUUGAUGGCAUUUUUGUUCCGACUGAAAUGUGUUUCCCUAACACAGACUUCAAACCCAUGGAGUGUGGGGAAAUUGACAUUCCAAAAACAAGUAAGUCGAGGACAGCAUUUAUGUUCCGACUGAAAUUUGUUCCCCUAACACUGACUUUAGAACCAAGGUGUCUGGGAAAAUUAGCAUUGCAAAUUCACGCAGGUCGGGAGUAUUUUUGUUCCGACUGAAAUGUGUUCCCCAAAUCCAGACUUCAAAACCAAGGGGAAAUCGGCUUUGCAAAAAAAAAUGCAAAGUGCGGGUACUUUUGUAUUCGCUUGCUUGUGUGCAGAUCAGAAUUUGUUUUCCUAACACGGUCUUCUAAACAUAGACACCUGGGAAAAUCGUGCAGAUACUAGAGGCGAAUGAACUUUCAAGUUUGAAACCUCUAUAGUAUAAAAAGUAGAAGUUGAAGUUGUUGAUUCAUGCAAGCCGGGAGUACUUCUACAUCCGCAUAUUUUUUUUUUGCACUCCGAAAAGUACUUUCCUAACACGGAUUACAAAAGUGGGUACGAACACAACGCUUUGGCUCGGUUAUUCAAUAUUACAUUGAAGGAUAUGCCUUCAUAUCUUCUGCUCACUGAAUUUCUACACAUACCAUUUGAUGAUUAGGCAAAAUGUUGAUAAAUGUUGUUUCAUCCAAUCAAAAAUUUAAUCAAUACAAACCAAUGAUUGCUAGGCUAAUGUAGUUCCACGUCAACCUUGCGGUUAUAUCAUAGAUAUAGCCCGCCCAUUUUCAUUCUAACAAUCCAAUUUGCGAACUACCGUAACCUGAAAUAUUGCUAACUAUUUAUUAGCGUUUCAUUUUGAAAGCGACAAUUUUUGGUUUUUCAUGAAGCCAUCCUUUUUUGCAUCCGUUAGUUUGAGUUCGUUCACUCUUUUCUGUGAACUAGUUCUUUUGAACAGUUCUAGAGCAACAUGUCAAAAGCAUCUAACUGAUUUGAUCGAUUCUCAUCAUCUACGUUCUUUUUCAUUAAUAACUCAGCGGUAAAAGCAUUUCCUGAUAUGUUCGACAAUCAGGAAUGUAAAAGGGAACCUCGUUUAUCAAACUAUGUGGAAAAACUGUCUCAAAAUUUGUCUGCAGGGCCAUAGUUACCGAAGGAGAAAGUCAGUAAAGAGAAUCGUUCAUAAUCGAUAGACCCUUUUGAUAUGUUGCUCUAGAAUUCAUGAACGGUUUGUCCAUCUCUACACUGAGAAAAAUAAUUAGUGAAUAUAACGAUUUUUUUAUAAAUGCUUUUUCAUUUUAUAUCGUACUAAUCAUUGGUAUAUCCUACGAGGGGAAAUUGUCAAACAUAUACGAGGGCAGUCCGAUAAGUACUUAGUCUAUAAAAAACAAAGAUUUUGGAAAAAUGGCGAUUUGUUUCUCAACAUAGUCUCCUUUUAGCUCGAUACACUUGAUCCAGCGAUGCUCCAACUUCUUUAAUCCAUCUGAAGAAUACGUUUUCUCGAGGUCUGCAAAGUAGGCCUCCGUGGCGGUGAUGACCUCCUCAUUCGACUCAAAUUUCUGCCCGGCGAGUGAAACAAAAAAAAAGUCGUACGGGGCCAAAUCUGGAGAAUACGGUGGAUGGGGCAGCAGUUUGUAGUGCAAUUCGACCAAUUUGGCCGUGGUGACGACAGAAUUUAAAUUUUCCAUUUUUCUAAAAUCCGCGACACGCCCGCUUCCACACACGGUCAAAACAAAACUACGAGUCCGAUUCGGUUGAAAUUUUGACAGUAGCCGUUUACGAGAAUGUACUACACGAUAAGUGAUCUCUUCGGCGAUACUGACACCAUCGGGCGACAAGGCUAAGUACUUAUCGGACCGCCCUCGUAUGUCAAGCAGAACAAUAAUUCGUGAGCCCAAUAUCGGCUACAUUUUCCCGGCGAAAAAGCGCGAAUUAGAAUUAUAUCAAAACUCUUACCUCCGUAUCGCCUUAUUGCAACAAUUAAAAUGGUUAAUGAGCUCUUUUCUUACCACAGUCUUCAGAUAUGACACCAUUCAAGUUUACUUAUGUUGUCGAGUACUAUAUACCAACCCCUGGUAGGGAUGUGCAUUGUAUCUGACCUGUGGCGUCGACUGGGGGGUGCGGAGGAGGCGGACCGCCCCGGGUGCACGAUUUUAGGGGUGCAGAAUGAACCGAAUUUCUAUGAAGAAAUUGGAAAAAUACUAUUUCUGACGGAGGUAGGGGGCGCAAAUCGACUCUUCCGCCCCGGGUGCGACACAGACGUUUUGGGUAGUUUUCUAUCAAGGAUAUUUGUGGCCACAGGUCAAACUUCAACGAAGAGCUGUUUACAGAUAGAAUCGCCAAACAGUAGGGAACCCUACGGGAGUACCUUCGCCGACUGUAUGUCUUUUUCCCUGGUGCAGAAACACACAACAUAAACGAAACACAUUUUUAAAUGAUCAUCGUAGAAAAUUAGAAGAACCGAAAAGAACACACAGAGAUUUUAUAUAGCUAAAUUAUGGAUGUUUCAUAGCUAAAUAUUUCCGUUUUUUGUUCAUCGUUCAUUGUUGACUGUUGACAAGAACUACUAACUAACCUCGAGUAGUAGAGCGACACGGGAGCAGCAUGAAAAUUUUCGCUGCACUCUGGAUGUGAAAAAUAAACGAAAAAAAGCCAGGAAAAAAUCCUCACAAUUACAAAACAAAACUGUUAAUAUUUUAUACAGAGAAACAGAGUAGGUGAUGACGAAGAUGACGCGCCGGAAUACACGGAAUCACAGAAACACUUAAGGACUAGGGAAUUUCUUGAUGCGAUGAACAGCAGGGGUAACGCAGCUGCGUUUGAACAAUGGUAAUUACAAAGUAAUUUUUAUAACAAAGAAAAAAACACGGUUAAAAUCGGUACGGAUUUUUUGAAGAUACAGAGAAACAUGAUUUCUUUAUACAUAUACAUAUAUUUAUACUAGCGAAUAAGGGUUUCUUUUCCUGCAAAAACUAACAAGAGAGAGUUACCUGGCCGAUAAAUCACUACACAGUCCUUCCAAUACCGGAGGUUGGGAUAAUGCAUUAUAAUUGUUGUCGUGCUGAGCUACGAACGCGUGCACACUAAUACACAUAUAUUUGCCGGAGAAAUUUUUGCUCAACCAAAAAAAAACAAAUGCUUUGCCCCGCGCCACUUUCGUCAAACAACAUUGUAACGCCCUAAACGAAAGAUAUAUAGACAUUUAAUAGAAACAAAAAAAACACACACACGUUAAAGUUAUGACUGCUGCCAUCAAACAAUAAUGAAUUACAAAGAAAAAACAAACAAACAAAACUAAUCCUUACCUUUUUGAAAUGUUAAACGAUGGGACGAAAUGUGUUUUUAGCUGCGGCGAAAAACGGAAGAAACCAUUAGAUAAACGAAGCGCCAUAGUAAUUGUGCAGAACUAACCUUAAAGCAAAAACAAACAAAAAAUCGAGCAGAGAAGAAUAUUUUUGGCCUUUUGUUGGUGGCUAUUGAAGUUUAAAAGAAAAAAAUAGAAGCGAACCGCGCGCAGUACACAUUUUUAACAGUAUAUCUCUAAUAAGUGUUGAGUGACCUUAAUGUAUACCAACGAAGAAGAUAUAACAAUUUAGAAAAAAAAAAACAAAAAUAAUUACACAAGAUUACAAAACAAGGAUAAAUCUUUGAGGAAAAAAGCUUUCAGGCCCGAAGGAAAGCCACAGUAGAACAGUUGAUCGUGGGAUACUAUUAAAAAUAAAUGACUAGUAUAAAUAGCUAAACUCUUACACUCAAAACAACGCUCCAAGAGAAAAACGAAAAGGAGUCCCGGGAUACGUUAUUUAUUUAUGUCAAAAUGUGGUGCAAUCGAAACCCAAACAAACCGAACCCAGUUUUUUGACAGAUUGUGGUAAUUCGUACUGAAUUGUUUUGUGUACAAGGAACACACAAGCGCACACAGUGCAUUGGAUGUUCUAUUCGAACCCUUUUACCUAACUUUUUGUUCCGUUUUCCUCCUUAUCAGCGAACAAAAAGCGAGAACUGAUACCCCGAUAGUUUGUAGCGAUUAACUAACUUUGUCAAAGUGCUGGACACUUUUUGUUUGUUUUAUAUCUUAGAAUAACAUACACUCAGAAACACACACACAAAGAUACAUACAGACACUCACAGCGAAAGCGAUUUGUGCUAGGAAAACGAAGAAAAAAAAAACAAGCUCCAAGCCUUGGAAUGUGAUAUUGUUUCUCAAACUAGCAAAUUGUGCAUUUUCCUUCCUUACUUCGUCUGAUCAUUUUUUUUUUGCAAAUUUUUGCGUCGUUCUUCAGACAUUGAAUCGAAACUCUCUCAACCACACACACACUUAAACACACAAGAGCACACUCAUACUAGCAAAUAAAAAAAAUUGGAAACAAAAAAUCAAGCGAUGUGUUAGGAAGAGAACCAUUUGCGCAAACGAAUGAAUACGCUUUUGUUGUAAAAUGCAGAAAAGAAAACUCCGCCUCAACAAAGCCCACAAAGAAAAAGUACGAAUAAGUGAAAACAAAAUAAAACUUGAAAGGAGAAUUCAAACUGAAGCUGCUGAGUCGAUAAUGGAGAAAAAAACAAACAUUCCUCUUUUAAAGAAAGUUAAUUUAUAUUUAAUGAAUGGCGAGAGCAAGCAAACUAAGUUUAGGCAAUGGUACGAAUAAGGGGAAGCAUAUCCAAGCGAAUAUUUCUUGUAAUUAUCAGUUUCUUUCUGUUCGUUUAUACAUCUAUCUAUGAUUAGUGUAGCCUUAGAUUGUAAAUAGUCCGCACGUGGCGAUAAGUUAUGUUUCCCCCCUCAUCCUCCUCAUCUACAUCAGCUUUUUGUUAUCGCAACGAAUCCGCUUUCAUCGUGCAACACGACUGAAAGUGGACGAGAAUAAGUACUGUUUAAUUUUAUACAACUGUUGCUGUUUAUAUUUUUUUUUUUCAAAAUAAAAUUACUCGCAUUGAAAUGAAGUGGGGAAAACUGGUCAAACAGACAAGAAUAGCUAGCCGAAUUUUGAAUGCGAUCGAUGGCUAAGAGGGUUGUUUACUCCUCUUUCCGAGAAAAAAAAACCAGAGGUAUAUUUAAUCUUAAGAGAAACAAAGACAGUGACACAUGAAACAUAGAUGAAAGAAGAGUAAAACAUAUGCAUAACUAGUUAGCAUUAAGACUAGGGCAGAGAUAAGGCGGAGAGCUGUAAAACAAAGUUUUGAGCUAUUUCAGAAAAAAGAGAGAAAGGUAACAAACUAAUCAACGAUUCAUUUCAAAAAUGAAACACAUACAACAAGAGUUAUAUAUAAUAAAACGCGAGAGAGAGGAUAUAUAUUUUAAUGCAAAAAAAAUCAGCUGUUCCAUAGGAAGCAGAAGAAUAAACAAAAAAACAAACUAGGAAACCAAACGAAAAUAAAAAGUCUUCUCCAUCUAACUGUCACGCAAAAUUCGUAUAACGAUUAUUUCCAUUGCUGUUUUUCUGUUCUGUUUGCCAAAAAAAUGCAUACACGCAUCCGUUCAUGAGAGACAGACACACGUUCAAUCUUAAAACAAUCUUGAGAACGAUCAAAGCGAGAAACAAAGAUUUAAUGAUAACACAAGACUUAGUCUACACUUUGAAUUUGAUUCAUCUACGUUUCAGUGCGAAACAAACCAAAAAAGAAAUGAACAAAAAUCAUUAUGCCGAACAGGAAUCGAACGCAGAUAAUAGAAAGGAUAAAAUCUGUUCGUUGGAAAUCAUUUGUGAAAAAUUCCAGAGAAAAAAAACGAAAACGUUGUGAAGAGGGUAGGAGAGAAACUUAGAAAACAAAAUGAAGGGUAAACAAAUUGAUCGUUUUGUGUUACACGGAAAAUUGAUAAAUAUAAAGUAAAAAAUAA